AUGACCGUCACCACUCCCGAACGCGUUUUCCAGCUCACAGGCUCCUGCAACAACUACCCUUGGGGCAAAAAGGGAAAGGAGUCUCUCGCCGCUCAACUAUGCGUAAAGACGGACAAAAGCUUCCAGAUCAAAGAUGACGAGUUCUACUCGGAAAUGUGGUUCGGCGAUUAUCCCGACUUUCCAGCAAAGAAGUUGGAGACUGGAGAGCCCCUGAAAGACAUCCUCGACAAGAACAAGGAGACACUACUGGGGAAGAAGGUUAUUGAGAAUCUCGACGGCCAGCUCCCGUUCUUGCCAAAGGAGCUCGCAACAAAGCUCCAUAAGAAGGACCCCGAGAACUUUACCGAUCCCAACCAUAAACCCGAGAUCGCCGUAGCUCUGUCCAAGUUCGAAGUCUUUGCUGGAUGGAAGCCACUCUCCGACAUUGUGCCUCUCUUCCAGCUUCCCUUCCUCAAGCAAUUCGUCCCUCCCGGAACCACCGACACCUGGACCGACGCCACCCUCCGUGAGAUUACCCGAAGUCUGCUCAAGGCCGAAGAGGGCUCCGUCGAGAGCAUUGCCCAGUCCCUCCUCAAGACCCCAAAGGAAGACCUCGGGCCCAAGAACGACUACAUCCCCGACCUGAUCCCUCGUCUACAGGAGCAGUACGGCCCCAAGGAUCCUGGAACUCUCGUCGCCCUUCUCUGCAUGAACUUCAUGGUCCUGCAACCCGGUGACUCCAUCUAUAUCCCCGCCGACGGUAUUCACGCUUACCUGUCGGGUGACAUUGUCGAGUGCAUGGCCCGCAGCAACAACGUGCUCAACGCUGGGUUCUGUCCUCCUGCCGACCGCAACAGCUACGACUUGUUUGCCGAGACGCUAACGUUCCAAGGUCAUACUGCGGCGGACAUGCUGCUGCCGAGCAAGAAGAGCGAGAAGAGCAAGGCGGGGCACACAGUGGUGUACAAGCCGCCCAUGAGCGAGUUCGAUAUGCUCAAGGCCGACCUGGGGGCUGGGGAGAGCGACGAGAUUGCGCCGAGCGAUGGGCCUGGCGUGUUGAUUGUUACCAGUGGCGAGGGUACCAUGUUGACCGAGGGCAAGACAUUCGACUUGAAGGAGGGAUCCAUCUUCUUCGUGGCGCCGGAGACCGCGGUUGUCUGGAAGUCCGACAAGGGAAUGCAGAUCCACAUGGCGGUUCCCGGCCAGCAGCAGCAAGCGAAUGGAGACGAGCAGAGCGUACCGCCAUUGCAGAACGCGCCACCAGUAUUCGAAAACCAGAACUACCAAAAUCAGUACUUCCAAGAUCAGUACUUGCAAGCGUACUUCCAAAAUCAGUACUUCCAAAAUCAGGACUUCCAAGAUCUGGAUGUACGCCUUAGCCAAUCCUCAGCAACUGCUUUUGAUGACUCAACAGAUUUAUAUCCCACAGGACCACAGCAAUAUUUUGGCCCCCCAGCCAACGCAGCUUCUCAGUAUCCGAACCAUAACCCGGCGGGGUCUUUUUCUGGCCAGCAGCAAGGGGAUAUGGAUGGGCAGAACGUGCCGCCGUUAUUCGCAAACUUCGACUACCAAGAUCCGAACUUCGCAGGCCUUUUCCAACAGCCCCUAACGGGCACUUUUGACGGCCUGACCGCUUCGAGUUUUGAUCCCUCUGGUUGGCCAAGUCAAUCAGGCGACCAGCUGCAACAAACAGGCAAUACUCCUGCGACUAUUCCGACUCAGUACAAUCCCGAUAUGUUAUUCAAUGGCAUGGCGAUGGGCAACCUGGAUACUACUUCUCCCAGCAACAACAGAUUUGUCAACCACUCCCAUCCCGGCCAGUUACCACAACAGGGGCAGCUAGGACCUCAAACCCAGGCACAGCAGCAACAGCAACAGCCGUACCAGAUCCAGCAACAAGCUGAAGCAAUGCAGCGAAUGCAACAACACCAACAGCAACAACACCAACAGCAACAACACCAACAGCAACAACACCAACAGCAACAACACCAACAGCAACAGGCCGCCCGAAGACACGCGCAACAGCAAAGGGGUCAAGUCCAACAAGGCCAGAGACCCGUUCACGACGGCCAAAGAGGUUCUCAAGGCAUGCCGCAAGGACAGCCGGGUCAGGGCGGUGCCGGUAGUCGUGGUGGCGGUAUGGGCGGAAAGAAUGCCAACAGCUUUUUGCCCAUGAAUGGCACUUCCCAGGUAACUCGCCAGCCGGUAGUUCAACCAGAUUUCGGAUCCGGCAUUCAUCCAGUAUCUGGAGGAGCAAUGGGUGCUGGACAAAGCGCAGGGAACGAUCAGGACGCAUACUAUCAUCAUCAGCAGUUACCGCCUGGCAGGAAUUUUGGAUUCGGGAACACCCACCACCCUGUGGCUGGAGAAGGAAUGGGCAUUAGACAAGUUUCAGGGCGUGACUAG